CAAAGCAGAAAAGCAGAGGAAACUAAUCCGGACGGAGCAUCCUUCAAACCCACCGACAGACCUGUUUGUGGCUAUAGAGAUGGGUGUCACCUUUCGCCCUCUGUUAUUGGUUUGCGCAUAUUUGGCGGCUGUGCUGAUUGGUGGAACCCGCUCGGAGGGGGUGUGUCUUCAAGACGGCAAGCACAAGGCCACGCCCAGCCCAGAGCCACACCUGAGGGAGUGUGCACUGUACUCUGACAAUAGCUGCUGCACAGAAGAAGACAUCCAGGAUAUCUCCCACGUUGCCACUACUAUCAAUAAGAAUGAACCCUGGGACAAGUGUGGGCCUCUGAGCUCUGAGUGUGAAGGCUUCCUGAAGCGUGUGUCGUGUUUUUACCGCUGCUCCCCUGAUGCUGCACGCUGGCCUCAUCCCCAUCGCCGCUCAUACAUCCAGGCUGUGCCGCUCUGCCACAGCUUCUGCCGUGAUUGGUUUGAUGCCUGCAGGAUGGACAUGACAUGUGCUCGUAACUGGGCCAGAGACCCGAGGGGACAGAACUGCACUGGAACCUGUGUUCAGUAUCAGCAGAUGUACCAGCAUGGCAGGGAUCUCUGCGAGAGCUUGUGGGGGGAUGCCUUCAUGACGGUGGAGGAUGAACCGGAGGAGGUGGGAGAGGCCGGAGAGGUGGGAGCAGAGGGGGACGGCGGUCGCCCCUGCGGCUGCCUGACCCUCAGCCCCUCGGACAAAGACGUGAUCGCCGCCCUCAGGGCCCAGCAGGACGACCCAGAGGAGCUGGACACCACCAAGGCUGGCCUGCCUCAGUACCGGGCCCCUUGCCAGACCAAGCUGCCCCUGCAGGCCAGGAGUGGCAGGAAGGGCAACUCUGUGCUGCGCAAACGCUCCGUCAUGGUGGACGACGUGGAGGGCAGCGGGAGUGGCUUGUAGAGAGGAGUGAUAGAUGGUAAUAUAUAUAGAGAUAACUGUCUAGAUUCUAAUAUACAAAAUCUCUCUUGAAAUGGAGUUGUAACCUCGCUCCUGUAACUAACCUUACCACACAAACCUAAGCUCAUUAUCAUUAUCAUCACAUUCUACUUAUAAUCUCUAUGGUUUGAAUAAUAUCUGCUUCAAGACGCACUGACAAGCUUAUGUAUGGUCAGUUAUUUGAACCUUAACAGCCAGAUUUCUAAAAAAAAUGCCACAACCGAAUGAUACAGUCAAUUCUAUAGUAUUUCUAGAGUAUUUAAAUUCUGCAAGGGCUCUUACUCCAAAAAUAAAUAUCAAUGAUAUUGAUUAUAUCCCAUAAUGGCUGCACAAUUGUUUUAUUGCCAGCUAAUCGUCAUCAAAGUCAGGUAUUUUAUUUGCUUCUUGGCUCAGUAAAACACAUCUCUGACAUUAUGAGUCUUGCACAUGGGAAAUGUCCUGCAGUAUUAGAAGCUUGUGCAUGAAUCAAACAUGUCAUCAUUAACCAGAGGAGUUCUCAUGACAGUAUUGUAAACAUGAUGUACCUGCACCAGUGCUUCACUACCCUGCUACUCUCUUCAAUCAUCUAGGUGACUUUAAUCUGUGCAUUAGUCAAUUGUUAAAUGCAGAUCUUGCUGUUGUGGUGCCGUAUCGUGCAGUCUACACGUCAUAAUGUGUAUGAUAGCGGAGAAAGUCACGCAGAGUAAUGAUAACCAUGAAUGUAACUUAGGCUUUCUAACAUAAACUGCUGGCCUGAGCGUAAGGGAUCAGGUAUGAUGACACUGGAGAGGUAUGAUUCGUACCUGAGGGAAGGUUCCAUAUUCAGAAAGCAGCAUUCAUACCAACUAGGGUCGUUCUGGUAGUUUGAUCAUGUCUAUCAUCAAUGUACUGUGGGUGUUUCUUUUAUAAUUACGUUAUGUAUUUCUAGAGUGAGGCACUGUUAGAUGUAAAUGUUUUGUAAUAAAAGGGAAACUGAUUUGAUUUAUGGUAAGCUUGCUGAAAUGGGUGUUUCUGUGCUUUACGUUCUCAAUAAAGAAGACAUUUCUA